AUAUAUGAAGAAGCCUUCUGUCAUAUUUUGUGUGCCUGGGAUGAGAGAGAAGCCUUUUCUUAAUGGUCCCUUUCGCCGGUUGAUUGUGUUGUAAUAUGCCUCUCUCUCUCUCUCUCUCUCUCUCUUUGAGAGGUCACGAGAAUUUACUGAAGUUUCAGUCCAAAAGUUGACCAGUUUCUCGUUUAUCCAUUUUUUUUUUUCCUAUUAGAUUUUUCUUUCUCAAAAAGCCUUCACCUCCAAAGCCUGUAACUCUGAUCUACUUUGGCUGCAGCCUUCCUAAGUUGGUACCAUUAAUCAUUUCUCAGUUUUUGGGCUUUCUCCUAGGUCCUAUCUGGUUGUGAUUUGUCUAUUCCUGCUUCUUUUUUAUUUAUUUUAUUGUUUAUCUCAUCCCUGAAUUUCUGAAUUUUGAUCCAGAGAAAGAAAGCAUCCAGAAUCAGAAAGCUGCUUUCUUUCUCUGAAAACCUACUGUUUUCUUGUUUGGGUAUUUCGUCUCUUUUCUAAUUUUGGUCUGGGAUUCUAUUUUUGCGCUAAAUUUUGGAACCAAAAUUUCCUUGUUUUUCUUGAAAAUUCAGUAUCAUACUCUUGUUUCCUGAUCUGGGUAUCACCUGAAUCUGCUUCUGUGUAUUGAGAAAUUAGGCAAGAAAUGGGUCACUGCUUGAGCAAAGACAAAAAGACUCAGCCACGGCUCUACAAUGGUACUACAGGCAUGCACAAUCAUCAAAAACCCCAAGAACCAAUUGUCUACCAAUCCAAAUCCCCAGCUCAGCCAGCCUACCAAUUACCCUCCCAGCCACCUGCACAAAUCCCAAGAAAGCCUGCUGUUCCAGCACCAAGCCCAAAACCAGUCCACGGACCAGACACAAUUCUUGAAAAACCAUAUGAGGAUGUCAAGUUGUACUAUACAAUUGGGAAAGAACUGGGUAGGGGUCAAUUUGGUGUAACUUAUCUUUGUACUGAGAUUUCAACUGGUAGGCAAUACGCUUGCAAGUCAAUAUCCAAGAGGAAACUUGUUACCAAGAACGAUAAGGAGGAUAUGAAGAGGGAGAUUCAAAUUAUGCAGCAUUUGAGUGGACAACCUAAUAUUGUAGAGUUUAAAGGUGCUUAUGAGGAUAAGCAAUCUGUGCAUCUUGUGAUGGAAUUAUGUGGAGGUGGUGAGUUGUUCGAUAGGAUUAUUGCUAAGGGGCACUACAGUGAGAAGGAAGCUGCCACCAUAUGCAGGGCUAUUGUCAAUGUUGUCCAUGCCUGUCAUUUUAUGGGUGUGAUGCAUAGAGAUCUUAAGCCUGAAAAUUUCUUGCUCUCUAGCAAGAAUCACGCUGCCCUUUUAAAAGCAACUGAUUUUGGACUUUCAGUGUUCAUCCAAGAAGGAAAGGUAUAUCGUGAUAUUGUUGGAAGUGCAUACUAUGUUGCUCCUGAAGUAUUACGUCGCAGAUAUGGAAAGGAAAUAGACAUUUGGAGUGCAGGAAUCAUGCUGUAUAUCUUGCUUAGUGGUGUACCUCCAUUUUGGGCAGAAACGGAGAAGGGCAUAUUUGAUGCCAUUUUACAAGGAGAUAUUGACUUUGACAGUCAACCAUGGCCAUCAAUAUCAAGUGGUGCUAAGGACCUGGUCAGAAGAAUGCUGACACAGGAACCAAAAAAAAGAAUUACUUCUGCUCAAGUUCUUGAGCAUCCAUGGCUCAAGGAAGGUGGAGAUGCCUCAGAUAAGCCGAUUGAUAGUGCAGUCCUUUCAAGAAUGAAGCAAUUCAGGGCAAUGAACAAGCUGAAGAAAAUGGCACUGAAAGUUAUUGCAGAAAAUCUGCCUAAUGAAGAAAUCCAAGGACUCAAAUCGAUGUUUGCUAACAUUGACACUGACAAUAGUGGCACCAUCACCUAUGAUGAACUAAAAGCUGGAUUGGCUCGACUUGGAUCAAAACUUACAGAAGCUGAAGUAAAGCAGCUUAUGGAGGCUGCUGAUGUUGAUGGUAACGGGACAAUAGACUAUAUUGAAUUUAUCACCGCAACAAUGCAUAGGCACAGGCUAGAAAGAGACGAACAAAUUUACAAAGCCUUUCAGUAUUUUGACAAGGACAAAAGUGGGUUCAUCACAACAGAUGAGCUAGAAACAGCUAUGAAAGACUUUGGAAUGGGUGAUGAUGCAACAAUCAAAGAGAUAAUAUCUGAAGUUGACACAGAUAAUGACGGUAGGAUUAACUACGAAGAGUUUUGUACAAUGAUGAGAACUGGAAACCAGCACCAGCCAAGGCUCUUCUAGAUGUACGUGAUUUGUUACUAUUUCUGCACGAAUGUCGUUUUAAGGGGGAUGUAAAAAAUCUGAAGCCACUACAAUAGAUUUUUUUUUUUCUCUCUCUCACAAAAUACUUCCAAACUGAUUGAAGUAUAAAUUUUCCCUUGGAAUUGUGAACCUAUCCAUCUUUUUUUUUUGGAAAAUAAGAAUUGUGCAUAUGGUGGUAUGAACUUUUUAACGUUUGAUUGCAAAUUUGAGAAUGAAGUCAUGGUUUUUCUGGGAA